AUGUCUAAUGAUUUCAAGCUAAUAGGAUACAUAGAUAGUGAUUGUGCUGGGAGCAUAGAUGAUAGGAAGAGCACUUCAGGAUAUGCUUUUCAUUUUGGAUCAGGCGCAGUAUCACGGGCUUCAAAGAAACAACCUAUUGUUACUCUUUCAUCAGCUAAAGCAGAGUAUGUAGCAGCUACAGGGGCAGCGUGUCAAGCCAUUUGGAUGAGAAGAAUGUUGAAAGAAUUGAGGUAUGAACAAGAAAGUGCAACAAAGAUAUAUUAUGAUAAUAACUCAGCUAUAGCAUUAUCAAAAAAUCCAAUAUUUCACAAAAGGAGCAAGCAUAUAGACACAAGGUAUCACUUCAUCAGGGAGCUGAUCAACAAUGGAGAAAUAAUUUUGGAACAUUUAAAACUUCUCCACAAGGACAAAUGGUGGGUGAGAAAAUGGCGAGUGAUCGCAAAAUAUAAAGCGGCUUUAGGCGCUAUAUCUCGUGUGUUCAUCAUAUCAAUCAGCAUCUUCAUAUACGGAAGGAUUAGUCGAAAGAAAAGAGUGCAGCAAGAGGAGCAAGAUAUUAGAGGGUAUAUGGAUCCCCUUGACUCCAUGCCUCCUUCAGUUAAGAAAUUUUUACAAGUAGGAAUUCCUAACAGAUAUUCGUAUCAUCAGAUUAAAAGAUACACCAACAAUUUUUCAGUAAGACUUGGCCAAGGAGGUUUCAGUACAGUAUCCAAAGGUGAGCUUGCAAAUGGAUGUAUGGUAGCUGUUAAAAUACUUGAUAAAUGGAAACAUAGUCAGAUUCAGUUUUUGAAUGAAGUGGCUACCAUUGGAAAGAUCCACCACUUCCAUCUUGUGCGAAUUGUGGGAUAUUGCUUGGAGGGGUCUAAAAGAGCUUUGAUUUAUGAGUACAUGAUCAAUGGUUCCCUUGAAAAAUAUAUCCAUGGUGAUGAUCAAAAUGUAUUGAAUUGGAAACAAUUGUAUUCCAUUGCAAUGGGCACAGCUCGUGGGAUUGCAUAUCUACAUGAUGAGUGUAGAAGCAAGAUAUUACAUUGUGAUAUAAAACCUCAUAAUGUAUUGUUGGAUGUCAAUUUCUCACCGAAGGUUGCAGAUUUUGGUUUGGCGAAAAUAAUAGAUAGAGAAGAAAGCCAUGUCUCUAUAACAGGUGCUAGACGAACCCCUGUUUGUGUAACCCAGAGGUAUGGUCUAGAAACUAUGGACCCGUGA